CUCGCCAUGGAGUCCCUGUGCGGGGGGUGCUGAGCGCGGGGCCCUGGGCCGCUGCCAGCUGUUUGGUGGCUGAGAUAGCACUACUGCAUCCCUGUGCUACAGGACCCCAGCCACCCGGUUUUACAGAAGUGGAUGUCUUAGCAUCCUUGGGCCAUGGCUCACCUGAGAGAUUUUGCUAACCAGCACUCCAGGGUGGACCCAGAAGAGCUGUUCACCAAGCUGGAGAGGAUUGGUAAAGGCUCGUUUGGCGAGGUGUACAAAGGAAUCGACAACCGCACCAAGGAAGUGGUUGCCAUCAAGAUAAUUGACCUGGAGGAGGCGGAGGAUGAAAUUGAGGACAUCCAACAGGAGAUCACUGUGCUCAGUCAGUGUGACAGCCCCUACAUAACCCGCUACUAUGGGUCCUAUCUGAAGAGUACCAAGCUGUGGAUAAUCAUGGAGUACUUGGGUGGAGGUUCAGCACUGGAUUUGUUAAAGCCAGGACCCUUGGAAGAGACCUACAUUGCCACUAUCCUGCGGGAAAUCCUCAAGGGCUUAGAUUACCUGCACUCUGAGAGGAAGAUCCACAGGGACAUCAAAGCUGCCAACGUGCUGCUAUCGGAACAAGGGGAUGUGAAACUGGCUGACUUUGGUGUGGCUGGACAGCUGACGGACACCCAGAUCAAGAGAAAUACGUUUGUUGGGACUCCCUUCUGGAUGGCACCAGAGGUGAUCAAACAGUCUGCCUAUGACUUUAAGGCAGAUAUCUGGUCCCUUGGAAUCACAGCCAUUGAACUUGCAAAGGGAGAGCCCCCGAAUUCUGACCUGCAUCCUAUGAGGGUGCUUUUUCUGAUCCCCAAAAACAACCCUCCAACAUUGGAGGGACAUCACAGCAAGCCCUUCAAAGAAUUUGUAGAAGCCUGUCUCAACAAGGACCCUAGAUUUAGGCCAACUGCUAAAGAGUUGCUAAAGCACAAGUUCAUCACACGCUAUACCAAGAAAACCUCAUUCCUCAUGGAGCUGAUUGACCGAUUCAAGCGCUGGAAGUCAGAGGGCCAUGGAGAGGACUCCAGCUCUGGUGAUUCUGACAUUGAUGGAGAUACAGAAGAUGGAGACCAGGGUCCAAUCUGGACGUUCCCACCAACUAUUCGACCCAGUUCCCUUAAACUGCACAAAGGAAUAGCUCUCCAUGGCUCUCAGAAGUCUGCUGAGCCCAUCAAGCGGCAGCCCCGAUCACAGUGUCUCUCCACGCUUGUCCACCCAGUCUUCGGGGAGCUCAAAGACAAGCACAAGCAGACUGGAGGGAAUGUGGGAGCUAUGGAGGAGCUGGAGAAUGCCUUUAGCUUGGCUGAGGAGUCCUGCCCAGGCAUUUCUGACAAACUGAUAGCACACAUGGUGGAGCGGGUACAAAGGUUUUCACACAGCCGGAACCACCUGACUUCAGCCCGCUGACCAGUACAGUCGUUGCUGCUCUUUAGGGGGGAGGGAGGAUUUUCCCAACUUCAUAAGAACUACAUCUCUAAUCCAGACCACUGUCAUCUGCUGUUGGAUGUAACAUUGUGACUCCAGGACAUUUCAGAGCCUUCAUCUAUACAUGUUUCCAUGACAACCAAGGGUGGGGUUCACAAUGCAAGUACAAUUUAGACCUUUUGCAGAGCCCAAGGAGGGGCGGUCUAAUUGUUUUUACACUGUUCUCAAUGGAGUUUUUAAUUGU